AUGUCUUUUUGUAAAGACAUGGACAGGAUCAGUGUGUUGGCUGAUGAAUUGUUGAUCAAGAUAUUGCCGUAUGUUCCGACGAAAGUCGCAGUAUCCACUAGCGUUCUGUCUAAGCGAUGGGAGUAUCUUUGGAUGUGGGUGCCUAAGCUCGAGUACAUUGAUCACAAAGACUUUAGUGAUAACGUUUCAGUGUCUUCAUUACUAAGGUAUCGAGAUUUCAUUCACAAGAAGCUGCCUUUACACAGAGCUCCCGUCAUCGAAAGCUUGAGCCUUGGUUUUGAUUAUCCGUUGUUUCGACCUGAGGAUAUCAAACUGUGGAUUGAAAUUGCAAUCUCUCGCUGCGUACGAGAGCUAAUUAUUCACUGUGGCCCUUCCUAUGGCGAACUCGAACCUUCCUAUAGCGAACUCGAAUUAUCAUUGCCGAGUAGUUUAUAUACCUCCGAAUCACUCGAGACUUUAAAGCUUGAAGGGUUACAUGUUGUCGUGAAUGUUCCUCCAAGGGUUUGUCUCCCUUCCUUGAAAACCUUGAAGCUUGAAAGAGUGACAUACUGGGAUGAAGAUCCUCUUGGAUCGCUUCUGCCUUGCUGCCCUGUUCUGGAAGAUCUGGCUAUUGCACGAGAAGAGGGUGACACUUUGGAAGUGUUGGUUGUUAUUCACCCGUCCUUGCAGAGGUUAUCGUUACUGACAGAGGAUCAAUGUUCUGGUCUUGGAAUUGUGGUGAUAGAUACACCGUCUUUGAAGUAUUUCAGAGUUGAGGACAUUAGAGACAGUUUCACCUAUUCGACUAAGCACAUGCCACAGCUGGAAGAGGCAGAGAUCUUUGUUUUCGAAGGCGUCCAACAGUUUGUCAAGGCAAUCACAUCUGUGAAACGUCUCUCAGUGGAAUCUAUGUACCGUUCUGGUGUUGUCUUCGACCAGCUUGAACAGCUGAACCUAAUUAGAUGCGACGAUUAUUGGUCAAAGUUACUUGUACGGUUGCUCAAGAAUUCUCCUAAACUGCGAACCCUCAAUCUCUCGCUCCAUGAAGGUUUUAUCCAGAGUGAACCGAUUAGCUGGAGCAUUGAGCAGAGUUCGAUUCCUAAGUGUUUGUUGAAAAGUCUUGAAACUUUCGAGUUUGCAGGGUACAAGGGAAACGCAGAAGAGAGAGAUUUCUUGAGUUUCAUCUUCAAACAUGCUCGUUGCUUGAAGUCUUCAUCGAUCUUGAGUUGA